AUGUCAGUCUUGCGAUCACAACCUACUUCUGUUGUACCGCUACAUUUGAUAACUUCUCCCAGUCGCAAAACAGAACAGGAGCGAUCGUUAUUGCAGUCUGCGACAAUUGAGCGACAUCAAGACCUUUCGGUACCGAAUUCGAAUCCGGACUCGAACCACCGAAUAAGAAAAGAUCAUAAUAAUCAUACUAGCUACCAUUCCUCCUCGAAUUCAGAGUCAAAUAUGGAAAGUCCUCAUUUGUCUGAUGGUGAAUCUUCCACUCCGACCUCUAUCGAAGAGUUGAACCCGACGAUAAAUAACUCAAGACUGGUGAAGAGAAACUACUCAAUAUCAAUUGAUCCUUUACAUAACAACAGUAAUAACAAUACUGAUGAUGAUCAUCCAAACACUAUAACUUCUCCACGACCAAAUAGUAGCAAUAACAGGGAAAUUGAGAAGUACAGUUUUCCUGAAGGGAAGGAAUCGAAAAAGGUAACUACACCUUCGCUAAACUCGAAUGGUUAUUUGGAUAAUCCCGGUCUUGUUCAGACCGACUCUUAUAUUCAAGACUUGAAUGAUGAUCAUGUUUUGCUGAACAAGCGUGUUUCGAGGCGAUCUUCCAGAAUAUCGACAGUAACAGCGGCUUCCACGACGAUAAAGCAAAGGAGAAACACUCAGGAUUCAAACUUGCCCAACAUUCCCUUCCACGCUUCUAAGCAUUCUCAAAUACUACCUAUGGAUGAUUCAGAUGUGCUGAAACUGACGAACGCAAAUACCAACGUGAAUCCGAAUUCCGCUUCAAAAAUUAACCAUUCAAUGAGUUCUCUACCGCUUCACCCGCUUCCACAACCUUCGCAAAAAUCAAAGCAAUAUCAUAUGGUAUCUAAAUCGACCACCUCUUUGCCACCAGAGAACGAUCAUUACUACCAGCACACCCAUGGCAACAACCGCAAUCAUACCGUUAAUGCUGCUGUUACUAGUGGUAGUGCGGGUUUGAAAAGAUCGGAAUCUGCUACCGCCGAAAUUAAGAAGAUGAGACAAUCCCUUUUGCAUAAAAGAGAAAUGAAAAGGAAAAGGAAAACGUUCUUGGUGGAUGACGACCGCGUUUUAAUCGGUAAUAAAGUUAGUGAAGGACACGUCAACUUUAUAAUUGCUUAUAAUAUGCUAACCGGUAUUCGUGUUGCAGUAUCACGUUGUUCUGGAAUAAUGAAACCUUUAACGCCCGCGGAUUUUAGAUUCACUAAAAAGCUGGCUUUUGAUUAUCAUGGCAAUGAAUUGACCCCUUCUUCUCAAUAUGCAUUCAAGUUUAAGGACUACUGUCCGGAAGUUUUCAGAGAACUACGUGCAUUAUUUGGCCUAGACCCUGCUGAUUAUUUGGUUUCGUUAACUUCCAAGUACAUUCUCAGUGAACUUAACUCACCGGGUAAAAGUGGGUCUUUUUUUUACUAUUCAAGAGAUUACAAAUAUAUUAUCAAAACAAUUCAUCAUUCUGAGCAUAUUCAUUUGAGGAAGCAUAUACAAGAGUACUAUAAUCAUGUAAAGGACAACCCAAACACUCUGAUUUGCCAGUUUUAUGGUUUACACAGAGUGAAAAUGCCUAUAUCGUUUCAAAAUAAAAUCAAACAUCGGAAAAUAUACUUUUUAGUCAUGAAUAACCUAUUUCCUCCACACUUGGACAUUCAUAUUACUUAUGAUCUAAAGGGUUCUACAUGGGGUCGUUUUACCAACUUGGAUAAAGAAAGAUUGGCAAAAGAUAGAUCUUACAGGCCCGUAAUGAAAGACUUAAAUUGGCUUGAAGAAGGCCAAAAAAUCAAGUUCGGUCCUUUGAAAAAGAAAACUUUCUUGACCCAGUUGAAAAAAGAUGUGGAAUUGUUAGCUAAACUAAAUACGAUGGACUAUUCUUUGCUCAUCGGGAUUCACGAUAUCAAUAAAGCCAAGGAAGACGACAUUCAACUGGCCGAUACUGCAUCCAUUGAGGAGCAACCACAGACACAAGGGCCCAUAAGAACUGGUACCGGAACAGUAGUACGACAUUUUUUUAGAGAAUUUGAAGGUGGUAUUCGUGCAUCUGAUCAAUUCAAUAAUGAUGUGGAUUUGAUUUAUUACGUGGGAAUUAUCGACUUCUUGACUAAUUACUCGGUAAUGAAGAAAUUAGAAACAUUCUGGCGAAGUUUGCGCCAUGAUACUAAGUUGGUGAGUGCCAUACCUCCAAGGGACUACGCUAACAGGUUCUACGAGUUCAUAGAAGAUUCUGUAGAUCCUCUGUCCCAAGAAAAAAAAAAAUCAUCAUAUAAAGACGAUCCUAGUCGAAAAAAUUAUAAAGAUUGA